AUGAGGAUUCAUCUUAAUCAGUCUCAACCAGCUUUCAAUGACAGUUAUCGAAACUUUCACUUUUCAUACUCUGUUAAACCGAAAUUCUCCUUUCGAUUCUACGAUAGUCUAAUCGAUGAAGUUUGUAUUUACUCUGAUGGUAAGAUACUUUUAACCAAAAAAAGAUACGACUACUUCGGAGAUAUUGAAAAUUUCGCACAAAAGAUUCAGAGAUCUGAAACAGUGGUUUUCAAUGAGAAGGAAUUGUUAGCAGUCAAAAGGAAUUUUCUAAUAACCGUCAAAGAUACAGAUGUUCCAGCCAAGACGACUAAUGUAAUACAACCAAAUGGGAAAAUAACUUUGUAUUUUGAUAACGUAAGUUGCACAAUCUCAUGA